AUGUCUGAAUACAGAGAAGCUAUUCCUAAUCCCGAGGAUUCCGACAAUGAAACUAAUAACGAGACAGUUACUCAAGAUUUAACGAUUACGCAAUCCAAUAGCUCACUUUCUCCCUCGUUUCUGAACGAAUUUAAUAAUCUGCGCCUCACCGAAGAACGUAUUAAUCGUUAUGCUAAUGAGAUAUCUUCUGAAUCAAGGCCUUCCACUUCUACGUCUACGACGCUUAACGACAUACCUCUUGCAUUACCCGCCGCAUCAUCCACAAGCACAGUCGAUAGAGAAGGCGAAUCUUCUAGUGAUCUUUCUAAAUUAAUGAAAAGGCGAGAAAGGGCUAUGUCUAAAGCAAUUGCUAACAUAAAACGAUCCAUGGAAGUUGAUCUCUGCUACGUUUUAGACUGCACUGGUUCCAUGGCAGGUCAUAUUGCUGCUGCCAAAGAUUGUAUUUUACAAGUAACAGAACACAUCCAAAAUAUAAAUCCGUGCAUUAAAAUCCGAGUUGGCUUUUGUGGUUAUCGUGAUCACUGCGACGGCGUCUCUCGCCUACAUAUUUUUAAGUUUGGAGACUCAUAUGAAGAGUUCAAAAAAGAAUUAUCUAAGGUACCAGCUACCGGUGGUGGCGAUGGACCCGAAGAUGUUCUUGGAGGUCUUGAUGCUGCUAUAUCUCAAAUGAAUUGGAAUAACGGCACUCGGGUUCUUUUCCAUAUCGGUGAUUAUCCACCACAUGGUCGCCGUUUUACCGACAUGCAUGAUGAUGAGUACCCAGAUGGUGACCCGAAUGGCUUAACAGCAGAAAGCGUACUAGAGAAAAUGAAAUUGGAAAGAAUUCUUUAUUUUUUUGGAAAAAUUACGAAUUAUACUGACAAAAUGAUUGAAGUAUUCCGUGGUAUACUAGGUGAAGUUCCUGUAUUUGAUCUUGUCGGAGGAGGAGACCCGAUUGAAUUAAUUAAUAAAUUCGUCAAGGCCACCACAUCAUCUAUUACGAUUUCUGUUUCACUAACUAGUUCCCUAGGGGCCAGAGAUAGCGAUGUCUAUUCAUUUCAACAAAGAAGUAUUGAUAUAAAUCCAGAAGUACCUGACUGGAAUGCACUUCCAGCGCAAAGGGGUGUAACUUUAGGUUACCCUAUUCCUAAGACUCAAGAAGAACUUAGAGAUCGAAGAUACUUUAAAAAAGAAAGGCUCUUUUCUAGAAACUUCUAUUUCAAGAUUGCACAGCAACCAUUUUCUUCUGGUGUUGAGAAAUAUGCUUACUUUUCUAUCGACACUAAGAAAGAUCCGCCAAAAAAGAUGGUGAUGAAAGAAUACUUCAAAAACGAUUCACAUAAUCCUUUUGAAAAAUAUCUUGAAGCAGUAGAGAUCUCUUCUGUAGCAAGUUUUCUCUCCAUACGAUUUAAUUCAGUUGCAAGAAGAAAAAACAUCCAAUCCGUGAAUUUCCUGGAAGUGAAACUUGUGCGUGCUGUUAUUGACAACAAGACUCGUUAUUACAUUUCAGAGCCGGAACUUAAAGGCGCAAAUUUUAUGCGAUUUAACGUAAAUAGUGGGGUGAUAGUGGAACUUCGUUAUACUCUAGAGGCAUUUUCCCAUUUUACAUAUUGGUAUACUGAGGGAUAUUUAGUGGUUAGCGAUCUCCAAGGAAUCGAACUCACUGAUCAAUUCCUAUUGACCGACCCGGCAAUACAUUGUACCGAUCCUUUAAGAUUCGGAAGAACAAAUCUAGGUAAAAGAGGAAUUGAUGAUUGCUUCCUUAAAAAUCAUAGAUGUAACGAGAUUUGCGAAAAGUUAGGGAUUAUGGUUAACGGUUAA